CGCAGCCUCGGGCGACGCCGCCGCUGACCGGCCCGUGCGUGUCCGCGCGUCCGAGUCGGGGCCCCGCGACGCCGCCGAGCCGUGGCCCCGCGCUGCUGCUCGCUCGUCCGCCCGCCCGGAGCCAUGUCGCAGAGCGGGACCCCCGGGCUGCAGGAGGAGAGUCUGCAGGGCUCCUGGGUGGAGCUGCACUUCAGCAACGGGAAUGGGGGCAGCGUGCCGGCCUCGGUGUCCAUCUACAACGGGGACAUGGAGAAGAUCCUGCUGGACGCCCAGCACGAGUCCGGCCGGAGCAGCUCCAAGAGCUCCCACUGCGACAGCCCGCCUCGCUCCCAGACCCCGCUGGACACCCACAGGGCCUCGGAGACCGACACCCACAGCCUGGGGGAGAAGAACAGCUCCCAGUCGGAGGAGGACUUCCUGGAGCGGAGGAGAGAGGUGGAGAGCAUCCUGAGGAAGAACUCGGACUGGAUCUGGGACUGGUCCAGCCGGCCCGAGAACAUCCCCCCCAAGGAGUUCCUCUUCAAGCACCCCAAGCGCGCCCCGACCCUCAGCAUGAGGAACACAAGCGUCAUGAAGAAGGGGGGCAUCUUCUCGGCCGAGUUCCUCAAGGUCUUCCUCCCCUCCCUUCUGCUGUCCCAUCUGCUGGCCAUCGGGCUGGGGAUCUACAUUGGACGGCGCCUGGCACCCUCCACCAGCACCUUCUGAGGGAGGCGGCACCGGGCUCCGCGGGCUAGAGUGGCUGUCCCUGGGCCACCGCGUUCGUGUCUCGUCCUGUAAACGCUGCGUCCUCGGGCCUACGGAGCAGACGCUAACGCAGGCUCGCCGCGGCCGGGACGGUCCGGUAGCAAGCAUGUCCUCCCAUCUACUGGAAUCAUUUGGUAGUCGAGUUUCUCUGUUACAUAGCGCAAUAUAAAUAAUUUUUAACGACUAGUUACUGACGUACGUACUAUUUUAGCAAAGCAAUCUGUAAUCGUAACGCGCUGAAGACACUUUAUAUUUUGAAAGACAGAAUAACGCUGGUGUGAAAAUGGCGAUGUAAGGGGUCUGUCCCGAAUAAAUAUUGUGGCCUUACACUCAC